GGAGAUGAUGAGAGGGUCAAGAACUGGGUCACAGAGAUGAGAGAUCUGGCUUUUAAAGCUGAGGACAUCAUUGACACUUUCAUGUAUUACAAGCUACAACAGAAGCAGUCUGGUGGCUUGGGUUUCAUCAAGAGGUAUAUGCUCGUACCUGUUGAAUUGAUCCAUAGACACAAGAUUCAUGUGGCUGUUAGAAGAAUAGAAGUUGAGAUCCAAAAGCUAUCUGAAAGUAUAACAAGAUAUGGAAUUGCUAACAUAGGUGAAACAAGUAGUGCAAAUAGUCAACUUGGAAGGCAAGAUGUGAUCCCUAUAUUGCCUCAACUGAAUGAUGACAUUCAUAUGGUUGGCUUUGACCAUGAGAAAAAAACUAUUGUGCGAGACUUGGUUGACAUAAGCAAUAACAACUGAUCAGUGAUGUCUAUAGUGGGUAUGGGUGGUCUGGGAAAGACCACACUUGCUAAAUCCGUUUAUAAUGAUCCUAGAGUCAAGAGAAGUUUUGAUAUAUUUGCAUGGGUAAUCAUAUCUCAAGAAUAUACCAUCCUUGAGAUUUUGAAGAGAAUCUCAUCAGAAGUUUCAACAACUUCAUCAAGAGAUACAAUCAUAGACCUCGCACAUGCUAUUUCUGAAAAAUUGAAGAAAGGCAAGUAUUUGAUUGUUCUUGAUGAUGUUUGGAGGGAAAAUGUAUGGGAUCAAUUGCAAAAAGUUUUUCCAGAUGUUGAUAAUGGAAGUAGAGUUAUUAUAACCACUCGCUUCUUAAAUGUCGCUAAGAUUGCAGAUCCUACUGUGCAACCUCAUGAAUUGCGUUUGUUAAAUGAAAAGGAGAGUUGGGAGUUGUUUCUUCUCAAGGUCUUCCCAAGGCAAGAUAUUGAAACAUGUUGCCCGGUAUAUUUAGUUGAUUUUGCUCAUCAGCUUAUUCAGAGGUGCAGAGGUCUACCAUUGGCACUAGUAGUCCUUGGAGGACUUAUGUCAACUAAACCAAAAAGCCAAGAUGCAUGGCAAAAAGUUGUAGAGAGCAUGAAAUGGCAAUUUGUGGAAGGUGGAGAAAAAUGUUUAAAAAUUCUAGCUUUAAGUUAUAAUGAUUUGCCAUAUUACCUGAAGUCAUGCUUUCUUUAUUUUGGUUGCUUCAGAGAGGACAUGGCUAUUCCUAUAAAAACAUUAAUUAGAUGGUGGUCAGCAGAAGGCUUCUUACCGACAAAAAAUGGUAAUACCACAGAAGAAAUUGGAUUGGGUUGUUUGGAGGAGUUGGCACAAAGAUGUUUGAUCCAACUUACUGGCCGAAAAUAUGAUGGUAGUGCAAAAUAUUGCCGAAUCCAUGAUCUCUUGCGUGAUAUGUGCAUUUCAGAAGCCAAAGAGAACAGAUAUCUUGAAAUCUACAAGAAUGACACUGUAGAUUGUGCAGCAGUGCCAAAUGCAGCCCGACGACUGAUCAUAUUUAAUGAGUUUGAGACUCUAACCUAUUCUAACUCAAAAUUGCGGGGUUUAUUUUACUAUGGAGGUAUGCAUAAUCCUCUGACUUUCAAAGCUUUGAAUGGACAGCUUAGUGGAUUUAAAUUAUUAAGAGUGCUUAAUUUGAAUCUUUAUAUGCGGGAAUUUCCAAGUGAAAUCAAAUCAUUAAUUCAUUUGAGAUAUCUUCGGUUGCUUGCUGACAAUAUGAAGGAAGUUCCAUCAUGUAUUGGUCAUCUCCACAAUCUCCAGACUUUUAUAGUAGGUGGUGGAGAAUUAGUAAAUAUAUCAGAUUCACUAUGGACGAUUGAAAGUCUCAAGCAUGUCGAGCUAUUUAUGAUAUCAUUGGUUAAUCCACCAAAUAUGCCAAAUAUUGUACUAAAAAAUUUGCAGACAUUAAAGGGGCUACGUGCUGGAUCAUGGAUACGGUAUAUGCUGCAAAAUUUCACAAAUCUGCGCAAAUUGAAUAUCAAGGAAGUCAAUAAUGAUCAUGCUAAUGCACUGUAUGUAUCUCUCCAGAAACUGGGUCGUCUUGCCUCCUUAACUAUACAAGGAAAUGGAAUUCCUUCGGACAAUGUCAUGACAGCCUUUUCCAAUCAACAUUGCCUCAAGAAAGUGUAUCUCGAUGGAAAGUUGAACUGCAAACAGCUUCCAUACAACGACGUAUUUCCUCAACAGCUAGUGAAACUAGUCUUGUGUCUUUCUCAAUUGGAGCAAGACCCAAUGGCAACACUAGAGAAGUUGCCAUGUCUCAAAUAUCUAAAACUUGGAGCCGGGUCAUAUACAGGCAAACAGAUGAUAUGUUCGGCAACAGGUUUCCCUCAACUAUUAUUUUUAGAAGUCAAAGGUUGCGAUGAACUUGAGAAGUGGAAGAUAGAGAAGAAGGCAAUGCUAUGUCUCAAGUCUUUAGAGCUCAUUUCUUGUCGAAAGUUGAAGGUGAUUCCAGAAGGUCUAAAGAAUGUGUCACUUGAACUAUUGCUAAUGAAAAAUAUGCCAGAAGAAUUAAAAAGUAGGAUUGAGGAGAAUACGGGAGAAGACUGGUACAAGAUACAACAUGUGCCAAACAUCUCCUUUAAAUAUUAUGAUUAGCAUAUGCCGUGCGCAAUGGAUAAUAUGACUGAGGAGUGCUUUUGGACUUCAAAGGAGCUCCAGAUUAAGUGCAUGGCAAGCAAGGAAGCAUGCGUGAAGUUUCUUAUGAACUCCACUUCAAUUGAUGUUUGUGUGGAUGUCUGUGAUUUUAUUUAUGUAAUGUUAUAUGGCUUUGAUACGUUGUGGUUAUAUGCCUAAACAUAUGUGUGUGUAUUUGUGAUUUUAUUGUUGUAACGUACUUGGGUUUGAUACACUAAACUGUGGUUUUAUACCAA